AUGGCAGCAGAAAAGGACACUCAAAUCGUUAAGGAGCAGGAAAAAUUAAAGCCCAUUCCGCUGGAGAGCUUUCUGAAGUAUGCAAAUGCUUUCUAUCUGUCGAUUGGAAUGCUGGCCUACGAUCAUAAGGAUAAUGGCAAAAGGAAGGAGCUCCUGCUCCACUGGAUGUUUAUUGCCCAGAUGUUGAACCUGAAUGCAGUGCUCGUUUCGGAACUGAUCUACGUAUUCCUGGCAAUCAGCAGAGGUAGCAACUUUCUGGAGGCCACCAUGAAUCUAUCUUUUAUCGGCUUCGUCGUUGUGGGGGAUCUCAAAAUCUGGCACAUUUGGCGGCAGAGACACAAACUCACGGAAGUGGUGGACGAGCUGGAGCAAUUGCAUCCGAAGCGGUUGGAUCAGCAGGAGCCAUAUAAUGUGCAGGAUCACCUGAGCAGCUACAGUCGCUAUAGCGUCUUCUACUUUGGCAUGCAUAUGGUACUGAUCUGGACCUAUAAUCUCUACUGGGCUGUUUACUACCUGGUCUGCGAUUUCUGGCUGGGAGUAAGGGAGUUUACGAGGAUGUUGCCCUACUACUGCUGGGUGCCCUGGGAUUGGAGUACGGGUUAUAGCUACUACCUGAUGUACGUAUCGCAGAAUAUAGCUGGACAGGCGUGUCUCUCUGGUCAGUUGGCAGCCGAUAUGUUGAUGUGUGCCCUGGUCAACCUACUGGUGAUGCACUUCCUCCGCCUUUCCGGGCACAUUGAGGGACAUGUCGCGGGUAUUGCAUCGCCCCAGCGGGACUUGGAAUUCCUUCAGGCGGCGGUGGCCUAUCAUCAGCGGUUGCUGCAUCUCUGCCACCAGAUUAACGAGAUCUUUGGAGUGUCACUUCUCUGCAACUUUGUGUCCUCCUCCUUCAUCAUCUGCUUCGUGGGAUUCCAGAUGACCAUCGGUGGCAAGAUCGACAGUCUGGUGAUGCUCGUCCUCUUUCUCUUCUGCGCCAUGGUUCAGGUUUUCAUGAUUGCCGCAUAUGCUCAACGGCUCAUCGAUGCGAGUGAGCAUAUAGGUGAGGCGGUCUACAACCACGACUGGUUCCACGCAGACUUACGCUAUCGAAAAAUGUUAGUCCUGAUUGUUAAGAGAGCCCAACAACCCAGUCGUUUAAAGGCCACUAUUUUCCUGAGUGUAUCCCUGGUCACCGUGUCCGAUCUCCUACAACUGUCCUACAAAUUCUUCGCCCUCCUGCGCACAAUGUAUAGUACGUGAAGUAGGUGCCUUUUGUGAUUAUGGCCACAAUCUAAC